CGCGAGUCAGACGUACGCCUGCAAGCGAUCGCCGGGCUAAUUAAACAAACACAUAACUAAACAGAUAAAACAAAGUGCAAUCGACUAAUGGCCGUGGCAGGAGUCAAAGCCAAAGCCGCAGCCACAGCCAUACGAUGUUUUAAAAUCGAAUAAAUAAUGCAUGGCGAUGUAUGAACGUGUUUUGAAAGUAAUUAGCACAACGCUGCUGCUGCCAGCGGCUGUCUGACCCACAUCUGCGAAUAGCACUAAUUUAUAUUUCAUGGCAAGUGGACACCGACAGGAUACCGAGUCGGGCUGAAGAGGACCCCCUGAUUUGAAGUCGGGUUUGCUCCCGGUCCCAGGCUGUUUGCAUAUGCAAAUAGUUCCAUCCGCAGGCGAUUGAGUGGCCAACUGGCCGUGCACGUGCCGAAAGUGUUAAACUGUGCCAAACAUAACCCGCAAACAAGCCGGCCAAACAGGCAAAAAGCCAGUGAAUAAAUAGUGUCUCUGUGUGAGUGUGAGUGCAAUGAGAGCCUAGUACACGGGCCCUGGCCGAAAAUCAAUUACAAUUUAUUAGACAAGCAUGCCAAACGAUUGGCAGCGGCCACCACAGAAACGCAUCUGAAACAAUGCCCCAAUCAGCUCCCAGAGCCGCGGCCCCGUGGCUAUGUAAAUUAGCGAUUGCAGCGAUUUUGUUAAUGCUGCAGCAGAGUGUUUGCGUAGCCCUGCUCCUCCAGUGUCCGUUGCACCAGCUGCAGCUGCAGAAAAUCGUUGGAUUCCGGCCGCCACUGGAGUAUCUAAACGAGGACAACCUCAUCUAUCCCCCGCCAUCAGGAAAUACCUUCAGGGAUCGCAAUCGGGGGCAGGAUCAUGGCCAGGAGCAGGAUCUCCCGGCUAGCCAGAUCUGCUGGCGCAUCUGUAACGAGGAUCCGGACUGCAUUGCCUACGUCCAUCUGUUGGACACGGACGAGUGUCACGGCUACUCGUACUUCGAGCGCACCUCGCGCUACCUGGCCAUUUCAGGGGAACUGCCGCUGGUGGCCGACACCGAGGCCGUGUUCUACGAAAAGACCUGCCUCCGCGUUCCCGAUGCGUGCAAAGGCCGUUUGUGGGCGCUAACCAAAAUCCCCGGCAGCACGCUGGUGUUCCAGAGCAAGAAGACCAUUCCGACGCUGGUCACGCGGCGUGAGUGCGCCGAGCGCUGCUUCUUCGAAAGCCAAUUCAGAUGCCUCUCCGCCUCCUUUGCACCCUCGUAUCGGAACAAUCGUGAGCGGUUCCGCGGCGCGGAUGGUCCUGGCCAAAGUCCCUCUCCCCGCCUGGGCAGGUGCAUGCUGAGCGACAGGGACAAGACAAUCCAGCCGGAUGCAUUCCGGGCCGCGCCGUACGACGAGGAGUACAUGGAGAACCAGUGCCACGAACGGCCGGCGGAGAGCGACAGCUGUUCGUACGAGCUGUACGCCAACAGCAGCUUCAUCUACGCGGAGGCCAGGUAUUUGGGCCUCACCCAAAAAGAGUGUCAGGCGCUGUGCACGCACGAGGCCAAGUUCUACUGCCAGGGCGUCUCCUUCCAUUAUGUGAAUCAUCUGUCCCUGUCCGAGUGUCUCCUGCACUCCGAGGACAUCGUCUCUCUGGGUCCGCGGAGCCUGAAGCUUCGCGACAACUCUGUCUACAUGCGACGGGUCAAGUGCCUCGAUGUCCGCGUCUUCUGCACUCGCGAGGAGAUGGCCAUUAGGUACAACCCGAAAGACUGGUUCAACGGCAAGAUCUACGCCAGCAUGCACUCCAAUGAUUGCCUGGCCCGAGGUUCCGGCAAUGGAAGUGUCUUGCUUUCACUCCAGAUAGGCAGCGAGGUCAAGGAGAACCGCUGCGGCAUCCUGCGGGCCUAUGAAAUGACGCAGGCAUACCAAAGAACCUUCAUAUCUGCCCUGGUGGUCAUACAGAAUAAUCCAAAUGUCCAGACCCAGGGCGACCGCCUCAUCAAAGUUGGAUGCAUCCAGAGCAACGCUACCACCUCGCUUGGCGUUUCGGUGCAGGACAGCAGUGUGGAUGCCACGGAGCACGUACCCAGCGCCAUUGCCCUGGAGUCCUCGUUGGAGUACGCCGAACACAUGUUCCCCCACGAGGGCGUAGUGCUCUACAACAGCAGCUCUGGGCCUUAUCCGCAACCCACUAUCUCGUUACAGAUUGUGGAUCUGUCCCACCAGCAUGAGACCAAUGACGUGCAGAUUGGCCAGAACCUGGAGCUGCAGAUCGUGGCGGAGUACAGCCAAGACCAGCUGGCCGAGCAUCUGGAGCUACAAUUGGCUCCGUUGCCUGAUUUCAGGGCUACCUCACUGGUGGCCAAGACAGCGGAUAACGAGAACUACGUUUUGCUGAUAGAUGAGCGCGGCUGUCCCACGGAUGCCAGCGUGUUUCCGGCUCUCGAAAGGGUUCACUCCGCCACCAGGAGCAUGCUGCGAGCCCGCUUCCAUGCUUUCAAGUUCUCCGGCACCUCCAAUGUCAGUUUCGAUGUAAAGAUUCGCUUCUGCGUGGAGCGGUGCUCGCCCAGCAACUGUGCAAGUGGAUCCUGGCAGAGGAAAAGGCGACAGGCGACCAGUAAUCCGUCGGAGCGACGUCCUGAGGAGCUGAGAGUUCAAAACCCCGUCUAUAUUUCCACCGUGGUGGACGUGGCACCCGGCAAACCCAAUGGCACUGGUGUCCAAGGGGACCUUCCCCUCAACUACAAUAUCCGGGUGCAUGGUCCGGACCAGAGCAAUGCCAACAGCUACAUGUACGGCGAGCGGGGAGUGCUGCUGAUUGCUGGCAUAGACGACCAGCUGCAUCUGGACAACGUGUGCAUCAACCAGAGCCUGCUGAUCGCCCUGUUUAUCUUCUGGCUGAUCUGCCAGGUGGCCCUCCUCUUCGGCUGCGGCAUGGUGCUGCAGCGUUACCGCCGCCUGGCCAAGCUCGAGGACGAGCGCCGGCGCCUGCACGAGGAGUACCUGGAGGCCAGGCGAGUCCACUGGGCAGACCAGGGCGGAUACACACUAUAA